ACACACAGGCCAAAUGACUGAGCCAACCUCAGUUUAGUUUGUAGACUAGUUGUGAUAUGGCUUUCUGGGAGACGUAGUCUGGCUCGACAGCAUUCCAUUCAACAGUAACUAUGUUGGCUACACAGAUGGGACUUUCUUUUUAGGGCUUAUCUAAAAAACUCUACUGUGGAAAAUGAAUUCAUCUUUGUAAGAUGUCCCUGGUAGCCAUGUCAGCCCCCCGGUCAUCUGUGUUUACAUUUGAGUCGACAGUGCACUCCUGUCAUGUGCUGCGUUGCCUGGAUGACCAGCGGCAGCGGGACAUGUUGUGUGAUGUUACGGUAGUGGUAGAGGGCCUGAAUUUCAGGGCUCACCGCUCAGUGCUAGUUUCCUGUAGUGAGUACUUCACACACAGGAUUUCCUCCCACACACAACAUGGAGCGGUCAUACUCUGCCAGAGGAGGUGACAGUCGCCGGCUUGAACCAUUGCUGAAAUUUGCUACCACAUCCAAACUCCUCUUCAGUAAAGCUAUGUCUUAGAAAUACGAAACUCAGCUUCCAUCCUCGGUUUUAGGGACCUAGACAAGGCUGUUUCGAUUUCCUCCUCCCGAGUUCUCCCCAGCAACAGAGGUUUCGCCCCUUGCCCGAGAAGACCUGCUGUAAGAAGAGAUGCAAGAGGCAGCAGUCAAAGGAGGACUGGUGGCACUGAUAAUGAUGACAUAUUGCUGAAUGAAAGGAAGUAAAACCAGUAGCUGAUGCACCAUCUGAGCAGGAAGUGAACAGUCAAACGGAUGUAAGAGCAGCACAGGCACUCACCACUGUGCUGACACACAGUCUGAGGGGACAAAUGGUAAUUUCCUACAGUGUCCAAAGUAUCGCAAGUUCCAGCUGGCUUGUGGGAAGGAAACAUGUAGCACAGAGAAAAGGCUUACCCAGCCAGUAUCGGUAAUUGAGGAUGCCUGCUCUCUGUCUUGCCUGCCAUGUUCCAGCAAUGGGGACAGUAAGAAUGAAACGAAGCUGAGUCGCCCCGGACAAAGUCUGUCAGAUCCAGACAGUCAGGAUGAGGGUGCGGAUGAUGAGCCAUUUAAAACAGAAUCAAAUGCUAUGAAAAUAGAGAGAGAUGUGGUUAGCGGAGAAACUGAUAAGAUUAAGAGAAACACAGAUAAAAGGGAGGGAAAAGGGGAUAAGGAGGGAAGAGAGAUAGAUUGCGUGAAGACUCAGGAAGAGAUGAAUCACAUAACUGGAGUCAGCUCUUCUUGUGUCAUGGCUCCGCUCACAAAGCGAUCCAGCGUCAAGGGAGUCUCCUUAGAGCCGAGAACAGCGCUGGGUGAAAGGUCAUCGGGGUUAAUAUUGCACCAUUGCCCCCUAAAGGCCUUUGGUGAGGGCUCUGCAGUCACAGGGUCAGUGAGUCAAGAGACGUUUGUUAUGGACAUUACAGAGGACAAGAAACCAAGGGACACUGAUGUGCUAGGGCCAGCAUCCAUUUUUCAAAAGGCAAAGAGAGAAGUAGGAGGUGAAAAGAAGCAGGUAAAAGUGGAGAUGGACUCUGGCUGGCAAGGAGGAGAAAGAUGUGGAGGAAGCAUGGAGAAUGGAGAAAUAGAGACAAGAGGCAACGGGAGGAGCCGUGUGGAAAGAGAGGUGGCCGAGCACCUGGCGAAGCGGCUGGGGUUAGACACAGCUUCCCCCUCACCUGUGUCACAGGACCCUGACACAAGUUCUGCUUGUGAUCCUGGGAUGAAAGGCCCACCCUUAGACUGGCUGAAGCUUCAUGUCAACUUCAGCUCCGCUUCCUCUGACUGCCCCUUUCUUCAAAAUCUGGACCAAAGCAAAAGCGCAUGGAGAGGGGCACGGGAAGUCAAGAUGUCUGCGUGUGACGGGGGGUCUCAGUCUGGGAAGAGCCCCGCCAUGUCGUCUCUGAACUCAGGGGAGGACGGAGACUCAGAAACAGAAACAGAGGGAGACAGCGAGUCCUACACGACAGAGAGGGCCAGACAGGUGCAGCUGCCAUUCUCUGUAGACUGGAUAGUGGAUCUGAACAGGAAUGACUUCCAGCAGCUGUUGAAACAGCAAAGCCUGACGCGUGAACAGCUCGAUUUUGUGCACGAUAUGAGAAGACGCAGCAAGAACCGCAUCGCAGCUCAGCGCUGCCGCAAGAGGAAACUGGACUGCAUAUACAACCUGCAGUGUGAAAUCAACAAACUGAAGACAGAGAGGGAGAAACUGAUUGCAGAGAGGAGCCAGCUGAGCCACCUGAAGUCAAAAGCAUGUCACAGUGUCUCUGCCUUAUGCCAGAAGGUCUGCAGUGAGGCCAACCUGCAACCAGAGCAGCUUCAGGUGUUAGCCAAAUACACCUCCCCCGAGUGCCCUCUCUCCUCUUGUUUCCCACACACAGACUCAGUUCUCUCCCAGCCUGGGGUGCCACUCCACUCCCAGGUUCCACUGCUGGCCUGCUCCUCAGGCCUGGAUAGUUAUAAAGCAUCUCUUGGGCCUUCAUCUAGUUCCAGGAAGGACACAGUUACAGGGGACGAUCAACUCUCGGGUGAUGGGACAGCCCCGUAGAUACACAUCCACACUCAGAUGACUUGCGCAACAGCUACAAGAUAGUGGAGCCUGAGGUUAUGAUGUCAAACUGAUUAUUAAAACAAAACAUCACUGUGUGGACUGUGAGUGGAGACGGCGGUGCAAAGCAGUGUGUGAUCUGAUCCUAACUCACCUAACCCUAACCAUACCAUGUGUUCAUACUGAGAAGGCAGUAUAAAUACAGCUAAAAUUACUUUAAGUUAUAGAUUUUACUCAUAACUGAAGGUUUAUUUUGUGAGGUCAGAGAAAUACAUGUCCUGCAUUCAAAACCAUUCCAUUCAUUUUUUAUUAAUCACAAGCCUUUUAUGACCUCAGGAAGCUUUUCUUUUAACCUUUGCAGAUGGCCUAGCACAGCUUGUUUAACAUUUAACUAGGAACGCUAAUGUCAGCUGUGGUGCAGUCAAGGUGCAAGUUUAAAAUGUAAAAGUUUUAGCUGUCAGACAGUCACAGCUUGGAAACACUGGCCUGUUUCUGGUGAAACGUCGCUGGCUGGCAGUUCAGAAUGCAAAACAAUUCAUCCUUGGUUAAUAUGGGAUUUUUUUUUUUUUUUU